CUUCACCUUCUCUUCCGAGCAAUGUUUACAAUUAUUCGUUUUUGUUGGAAUAGAACUGUGUAGCCUGCUGGUGGGAUUAGCCUCGCCGUGAAGUAAAUAGAACUGUACGCUUUUUGAAGAUGACGACGUGCAAACUUACCACGGAUGACAUCCUGCUCACUGUGCGAGCCCUGAUGGGAGACAAAGAGAACUGCCAGUUCACUGUGAAUGACUUGAAAGAGCCAACCAGCCAAGUGUUUAUACCCAUACUGAGCGAGAUUUCGGAACGUAUCCUGGACGUGCCUAUACCCAAGAGCCUGCCUUUUGCCGCCGCACAGAUCCUGGAUCACCCGCACCUAUACGAGGAACACACGUUGAGGCUACGGCUGCUCAAAUGCUUAAAAUUGUGUUGUAAAUAUGCUCUGGUGCCGUUUCCCGUAGAUAUGGGAGAUCUAAUCAUGCCCGAACGCAAGCGCACACGCAUCAUAAUGAACUGCCUGAUCAACUACUUGCGCCAUUGCAUGCAAAACGACGAGAAGCUGCAUGACAUCGAGAAGAAGCUGACAGUGCUCCGCAAAGAGAGUUCUGCCAAAGAAGAGCGUCUGCGUCGUCUUCAGGACCAGCUCGCCGCGCUGGAAGAGGAGCGGCGAAGUGACGAACCGGAGAUGUUUCGCCUGACAGAUAUCGCUGCACAACUGCAGGCAGACCUGGAGCAUUUGAACCUGCACCAGAGUGAGCUGCGUGCCAACUUGCUUAAACUGAAGGAAAGCAGCGCCGCUCAGCAGGUGAAGCUUGAAGGUCAGCGGGUGGAUAACGCCAAGAGCAAGCAGGCCAGCGAGGACCAGAGAGCACACAUCGUCGUCUCGCCGGACCGUCGCAAGGCGCAGAUUGCAGAGCUAGGCCAGGAAGUGGCCGAGCUGCGAAGGCAGGCGGCGGCGCAGGGCGAGCGUCGUCAGAACUGCCUGCACCACCGCGGCGAGCUGCAGAAGCUGGUGGCCGAGGUGUCGGUGCAGCGUGAGCAAGUCACCAAGCUGAGCGAGCAACAGCAGGGCAUGGUGGGAAUGGAGCGACACAACACCAACAUGAAGACGGACAUGGACGACCUGCGGCUGCAUCUAAAGCGCUUGACGCUGCAGAUGCAGAGCCUGAAAGAAGAGCAGGAGCAAGAGAUGGAGCGGUUUACGCGCCAGCAGCAGCAUGUGCGAAUGCAAUGUGAGAGUGUGCGUCAGCGCAUACAGCAACACCAGGAGCAGGAGCAGCAGAUCAUGGCGGACGUCGAGCAUCAGGUGUGCGAGAGUCACAAAUAUCUAGACGCCUGUCAAGAGGUCGAAUCGGAAAUUGCUGAUCUGGAAGAAAAGCAACAGGAAGACCUGGGGAAGAUGGAAGGGGUUUUCGACCAGCUGGUGUCUCAACUUGAGCUUGUCACGGCACAGGAGAAGGAGGUGUUCGAGUCGUUUGUAGCAGCCAACACUGAGAAACCAACUGAGUAGCAUGCCAUUGCUGCACACGAACAUUGCUGUGGUUGAAUAGCUUUUUCUUCUUCUUCUGGUGACAAUUUGCACUCUGCUGAAACAGCCAUCCCGGACUAUAUCAUCUUUGAAACUAGCAAGCAAUCAUUCCCAUAAAACUUAGGCCAUUCACAAUCACAAGAUACGUGUACAUAACGCCAUUGUUUGUGUGUAGGCAUACACAUUCAUGCACUUACUGGCAACACCGUGAUGACCGCCCGCAGCACUUUGCUGCCACUUCUGCUGCCAGAGAUAUCAUCUUCUGCUGGUACAAGCACAUUCAAUCUCAUAAAACCUAGGCCAUUCACGAAACACUUGUUGAUCUUCAUGAACAUAUAAAUCUGCGUGUACCAUCAUAGCUUGAGUCAUGACACUAACUCUCUUCACAUGUCUAGAAUGUUACAAUUGUAUCCAUAUAUUAUGCUAAGUCUGUGUUUUUUUAUUAUUUCAUUAGAAUUCUAUACUCUUGUAUUUUGCUGCGAAGCGUGCGUUUUCGAGGCACUUUAGUAGAUCUGUGUUCAUUUUAGCAAGAGCACUACUUAUGCAUGUACACGUAUUAUAAUCUGCACUGUACUCGCUGUUGGCAUCAACAAACAUGGCUUGAGAAAGAAUCAUUCCGAUUGACUUCA